CAAUCAUCACCCAAUUCACAGCGAGCCCUUUCGGCUUUACUUCUCUUUUGCGAAACGGAAUCCAACCCAUUAGUCCGAAAGGCCCAAUUUCUUUAGCGCCAUGGAUGUUCUGUGCGACACAGAGGGCCGGAGGGUUAAUGUUGGUGGUGGGAUUUACGGUGAUGGUGAUGAUCAUCAGCUUGAAGACGACGACUUCUACGCGGAGCUUGUAAGGCAGGUCCUGAUUUUGACGGCCGAUGACGACGAUUCCGCCGCGAGUACUCCUCGCCGCCGGGACAAUGUUGGGUACUUCGAUUCGAUGGCACAGCCUGCUGCUGCAACUGGAGGCUUAUUCUCUAGCAGUUCCUAUUCUCUACCAAAUUGGCCGGCGGUGAACGUGUCGAGGAACGGUGGUACUGGUGUUUUCAUUCCUCUAACCGCCGCCAAAUCCAGGAGAAGGAACGGGAAUGGUAAUAAUGGCAGACGAGGCGGUAGCAGUCACAAGCAACAAGCAGAGAAGAAGAUGGUGCAGAACAAGCACUGACGAUUCAUCCAACAAGCAGAUUUUCUGGUUUACAAAUCUUAGGAGGAGACGUAGUAGUCGAACACAUGAAGCAAGAUGGGUAAAAACCCUUAUCUUGUAAGGUCACUAAUACCACAGUUGUAUGCGAAGAUUUUGUUUGGUUUCAGAUGUUAGUUUCCAUUGAAUUGCUCUGAAACUGCAGGCAACCAUGAACAUCGGUUGCUUUUUUGUUCGCAACACCAAUCCAUCUCAAUAACAAGAGCGUCAAUUUCGUCCGUAAAUUAGUGUGAAUUGUCAUUCAACCUACAUUACAUUUCGGCCUGCAAAUUCUACAGUAAUCUUCUCUUGUACUAAACAUAUCCAGACAACUGGAGAAAUGACAACAGAAACAAAAUCUGAGAGGAAUC